AACACUAAUGUCAAAACAAAAACCAUGCACUUGCGCAUUGGUGUUUAUUUCUUUUGUUUGUUUUUAAUUUUUUGAUUAGAAAAUUGUAUUUUACAUUGCAAAUGAAGAAUUAAAAUAAUACAUAUGAGUAAAAUUAUGUAAUGCACUUAUAAAAUAAAAUUGGUAGUGUACCUAAUAGUUUAUAUUCAGAUGUUAAAUCUUUCUAAUUAUCUUGCUCAAAUUUACUGUUUUCCUAUAUAGAAUAGAUAUGGAUCAAUAUCUGCCUAGACUAAAGUUAUUUCGGAACGGCGAGUUCGAGACAGAAAUAGGGGAUUUAUUCAAUAAGAAGUAUUCGUUCCAUUUUGAAUCUAGUUGGAAAUUACCGGAGCGAGAGUGUUGGUUUACUACGCCGCCAUGGAAGGCCAAAGAGUUGGAGAUUUUGAAGAACCGUUUGAAUUUCCAUAAGAGUCAGUUGAAUGACUUUAAUAUCGAAGAAUGGAGCAGUCACACGCGUCGUCGAAAUCCCGCUGGGGAGGUGGGAUGGAAGAUUCGUUGUCUCGUCAAUCCAGAGUUUCUCACCCAAGCAUGGACAAAGUUUUACGAAUGCGCGAGCAGUUACGAGAUAAUCCCUAAAGAGGCUGUAGCGGACAACAAGAUGGUAUCUCUGCAUUUGUGUGAGGCCCCGGGUGCAUUUAUAACUUCAUUGAAUCACUAUUUGAAACUAAAUUACCGUGGACUUGAGUGGAAAUGGGUAGCCAACACUCUGAAUCCGUACUAUGAAGGCAACUCUCCGUCAAACAUGAUCAGCGACGACCGCUUCAUGUUCCACACGUUGGACUGCUGGGACUUUGGAGUGGACAACACUGGAAAUCUGAUGAAUUGGGAGAACUCCCAGGCCAUUGUUAAAAAGGCGAAGGCUUUGGGGAAGGUGUUACUUGUAACGGCAGAUGGGUCCAUAGAUUGCAUGCAGCGUCCCGAUGCGCAGGAGGAGGUCACGUCUCCGCUCCAUUACUGCGAGAUCGUCACAGCUCUGCAGGCUCUAAGCAAGGGUGGAACCUUCAUCUUCAAACUGUUUACACUCUUCGAACAUUCCACCGUGAGCCUGGUGUACCUCAUCAACCAUCUCUUUGGAGAAGUCAACAUCUACAAACCUGUGACGUCACGGCAAGGCAAUUCAGAAGUUUACGCUAUCUGCCUCAACUACAAAGGCAGUAGUAUUCUCGAGCGAUACAUACCCAUACUGGAAGCGGCCUACGGUACAGAGUUAUAUGGAAACCAAGCGUUGUUCCCUCUAUCAGCUAUACCAGACUCAUUCCUCAAGCAGCUACACAACUGCGCGUAUUACUUCUGCGAAAUACAGUGCCAAGUUAUCGAUAAUAAUCUUCAAGCUUACAUCAAUCAGAAUAACAUAUCGCUUCAUAGAGAUAUGAAGAGGAUUCGAGCGCUCAUUGCCACAGAGUUUAUAUGGCGAUACGGGCUCAAACCAGUUGACAUGGAGCACGAAAUACUGAAAGGGAUACUACAUGAAGAGUGCAGGACUAAUAUGAACCCCAGGUUCCAUCGUGGGUCUUAUACGGAAAGGCAGUUGUACACAAAGAUGUCGCUUAGGGAAAAGGCGAACAACUUGAACGCUUUAUUGCAAGCUGAAGUUCUGGCUAACCCGUUAAUUCUUAUCAAUGAACCAGUCGUGUGGCUGUCGUUUUUAGAUGAGGAGGCACCUCUUAAAUUAGUAUUUACUCACGGUUGUCCUUUACAAAAUAUAAACAGCUCAAAAUUCAUCUUCGUCCCUAUAUUCCGAUUGUACCAACAGAUUUUAGCUGAAGAAGAAUUCAAAGAAAUAGCUUUGACGGACGCUUUGAAACAGAGUACAAAGAAUGUGGACUGUGAUAUUGAUAAAACAUUGAGACUUCCAGACUUUGAUCACUCAGAUAGUUACAGCGUGUAUGAAAAGAAAUGCUUUCGGAUUCUAUGUAAUAUGAUUAAAGAUUUGCUUGUAGGACAAACUGUCUUUUUGCAGAAUUUUAACACUUUGACACAUUUUAAUGUAAGUGUCCUGUAUAUUCUGUCCAGCAAAUGUUUUAAGCGGACCGGGUUUACGUCGAACGGAAUUAUCUUGAGGAAUAUGGUGAAUAAAGAUUCCGUGGCCUAUUUGGAUGAUAUUCAGAAUGAAUUGUUGAAACUCGGUGAUAGAUCAAAGGAUUUGCUGAACUUGUUGCCUGUUCAAACCACGAAUGCUGGAGAACUCUUCAACAAUAUUGUGUUAUAUAAUAACACAUUCUAUCGAAAUAAAUGUGUAGAAUACCUUGACGCCAUUGAACAAAGACUAUGAAUAAUUAUUUAAGUAUAUUUACUGAAGAGUAAAAAAAUUUUAAUGUUAUUUUUUUAUUGUUAUAAAUGUUGAUGUCAUUUGCGAUUCGAGAUUGAACUUUCACUAAUUAAAGACUUUCUCAAUGUUGUGAAAAUAA